AACGAGUUUUGGUUUCAAAGAGAAUCGGCGACAAAUCCAGAGCGAGCAUGAAGAAAGAGGAGAUUCAGAUGGAAGAAGAAGGCGAGAGUUUGAGUCAGAAGGAUUCUGGAAAGAUGCAGUACGGAUGCGAACACUAUCGAAGACGAUGUCAAAUCAGAGCUCCUUGCUGCAAUCAGAUUUUCUCUUGCCGCCAUUGUCACAACGAAUCCACCACUUUGCUUACUGAUCCAAAAGAUCGUCACGAAAUUAUCCGACACGAUGUCACGAAUGUUAUCUGCGCUGUAUGCAACACUGAGCAGCAGGUUGCACAAAUUUGCUCAAAUUGCGGUGUUAAUAUGGGGGAAUAUUACUGUGAAAUCUGCAAGUUUUAUGAUGAUGAUACAAGUAAGAAGCAGUUCCAUUGUGAUGAAUGUGGGAUUUGUAGAGUUGGUGGCCGUAACAAUUUUUUCCAUUGCAAGAAGUGUGCUUCGUGCUAUACAAUAGAUCUACGUGACAAUCACUUAUGCGUUGAGAACUCUAUGAAGAAUCAAUGCCCAAUUUGUUACGAGUAUCUGUUUGAUUCGAUCAAAGGCACAAUUGUUAUGAAAUGUGGACACACGAUGCAUAAUGACUGCUUUCAGGAGAUGAUAUUACAGAAACAGUAUAGGUGCCCCAUUUGUUCAAAAUCAGCCUUGAAUAUGUCAAGUUCAUGGGAAAUAUUAGACUUGGAGAUUGAAGCAACAGCUAUGCCAGAGGAAUUUCGUUAUGAGGUGCCAAUUCUAUGCAAUGAUUGCAACAAUAACAGCCAAGUAUUGUUUCACAUAAUUGGGCACAAAUGCAGUCACUGCAAAUCGUACAACACUCGUCGUAUCAUUGGAGAAGAUUGCAAUCAACAAUCAUCUUCAUCACCUUCAGUAGAUCCUCCUAGUUGAUUGUUGAUUUCUAUUGCUCUGAAAAUUGCAUUCGCAACUUUAUUUAUUUAAUAUUGUUGUCAGCAUCGAUUACAAACAGUUUUUAUUAUGAACAAUUCAACCAUUACAAACUGAGUUUUUUUUUCUUGUAUUAGUAAUGAAACAGAUUUAUAGAUUUUUUUUAAUUGUCGAGAUAUUUUA